AUGGAAAGCAAACCGCAAGACCAGCUUGAUGAUGAUCAGCGAAAAUGUGAAGACCAUGGCGAAGUGAGUCGCAGAACUCGCUGCUUCAAGGGAACUCGCAGGAAAUUCUCAGUGCUGGUACCUCCAGUGCCGGUGAAGCCUAAAACUGACGACGAAACAUCCGGUCGCCAGUCGGGCCUCACACAACAGCAGAACGACAGCGAGUCGCAGCCGAUUUUGGUCGUUCUCCCAGAGGGGGUCGAAGAUGAAGGCAGCGAAGUGCCAGUCAAGAGGAGGCGCGGCCAGUCCUCCAAGACCGAAGUCCAACGUACGUUCUUGGCGGAGAUGGCCCAGCUGCCCAUGAUCGAGCGCAUGGCAUCAAACGAAAACUGCGAUCUAGUGAACAAGCACUGUCUCGCUGGUGCUUGCCGACGUCAGUUUAAUACCUUCGAAGAAUUGGCUUACCAUCUAAGUAUGUCACACCACCGCAGUCAGCAAGGGCCUUCGACCGUUCAGUGCCUGGUUUGCGGCAGGGAGGAGGAAGCCUAUCUGGCACUGCUGCUGCACCUACUCUCUGAUCAUGCAGAUGUAGCUCCCCGUGCUGGAGACAGCCCAGUUGUGCAAGCGGCAACGAGUAAGCGGAAAAACGUGGAAUAG